AUGCUGAUCAUCGCUGACCUUCUGGCGCAGCUGCCAAGUGGCGGGAUCGGGCCGACGUUUGCGUCGCCGGUGAACGUGCAGCCGGCCAAGCUGGGGUUUGACAUCACCCUGCACAGCGCCACAAAGUACCUCAACGGUCACAGCGACCUGAUCGCCGGGGUGGUGCUGGGGGGACAGGAGCUCAUCAAGACGAUCCGCGUCACAGCAAACGUCCUGGGCCCUGCGAUCGACCCGCACUCGUGCUUCCUGCUGUCCCGGGGGCUGCGCACCCUGGGGCUUCGCGUUGAGCAGCAGGACCGCAACGGAGAGAUGGUGCCAAUCGAGUCCCUCGACCGGCAGAAGCUGGUUGGCCGGGUGCUGCAGUGGCUCAAGCCAAAGGACCUGUGCAACGCCCGGCAGGCGGCCAGGCUGUUUGACCGCGCCUCGCGGCUGGAGACCGACAGCUUCUCAGCCUUGAAGCUGAGGCCGGACAGCAUCCUGUCUGGGCAUUACGCCCCCGACUUCUCCAGAUUCCCGCUGCUCGCGCGCCUCUACCUGAAGGACCCGUAUAAUCAGCGUGCACCUGACCAGCUGCGCUGGUGCUUUGCGGUGGCCGAUCGGCCCAGCCCGCGCCGCGAUGCGGCCUGCGCCGUGCUGGCCGCGCUCGGGGAGCUGGACGGCCGCGAUUGGGGAAUUUCGGGUCCGACUGACCUUGCUACGGUGUUGAGGCACAUGCCCGGCAUCACCUCGCUGCGGCUGAACCUCUGCACACAGAGCGCUGAGGAGGCACUCACCAGGCUCGCCAUCCUGCCGGCAUUGGUGCCGCGCAUCGAGCGCCUCGAGCUGUUGCCCUCCUGUAUGGGGCGCGUUGAGUCGGAUUUUGAUAAGCACUGUGCACGCAUCAUUGGCAGCCUGCCGUGUCUGCGCUUGCUCUUGAUGGGCUCUUUCAAGGACGCGUCCGUGCUUGCCACACUGCCGUGCUCCCGCCUGACUUCGCUGGAGUUUGCCGUGGAAACGUGCCAGCAUUGGCCGCCGCUGGGCUGUGAUGUGGGGUUGCCUUGGCCGCACCUGCGCGAGCUCAGGGGCAUCGACCUGCCCGCCGGGGACUGGGCGGAGCGGCUCGCCCUGGGCCUGCCCCACCUCACGCUGCUGGUAGCAGAGCCGUCGGGCGACUGGGGGACCCAUGCCCCUGCGGCGUUCCCAAAGGUCCGCGCCGCGAUGUUCACAUUCUGUCAAAGGGGUUUCCGCCGCCUGUGCCUGCGGUCGCUGGUCCCCGACGUGGAUUUUUUGGAGGUUAUGUUUGAUGAUGACGCGGUGCUGGUGGAGAUUUCUACCACGGCGCUGUCCGGCCUCACGCGCCUGUCGCACCUCGCCUACGACAAUAUGCACAAGGGGUUCCUGCCCCUGUGGCUUUGCUAG